UAAUACUCGACCGCCAUGGCAACUAUGAAGUUAAAGAAGUUACAGCAUGCACUUGAAGAUAUUGAAACAUUUGAAAAUCCAAAAAUUGAACUUGAACAAUACACUACAUCAUCUCAUAUUGCAGCUUGUAUUCUACAUACAGCCCAAUUUGUAUAUAACGACAUUAGUGGUAAAUGUGUUGCUGAUUUAGGAUGUGGUUCAGGAGUAUUGAGUAUUGGUGCCGCUUUGUUAGGUGCUCAAUAUUGUGCAGGUUUUGAUGUAGAUCCAUCUGCUAUUUCCUUGAGUGUAGAAAAUGCUGCUGAUCGUGAUGUUUUAAGUCAAUGUGAUUUUAUUUUAUGUGAUGUAAAAAAGAUUGAUAAAAACAUGCAACUUAAAGCAUUUGAUACUGUCAUAAUGAAUCCACCAUUUGGGACAAGAGAAAAGGGAGCUGAUCUAAUAUUCUUAAAAAUGGCUAUAAGUCUUGCUACUCAUGCUGUGUAUUCACUUCAUAAAACAAGCACGAGAAAACGCGUUAUGUCCAUGGCAAAGGAAUUGGGUGUCCAAGCUAAGGUUAUUGCAGAGUUAAGAUUUGAUCUACCAGCAUCUUACAAAUUUCAUAAGCAAGAUUCUGUUGACGUGCAAGUCGAUUUAAUACGUUUUGCAAUACCAUUUACUAUUAAAUAAUAUCUAAACUAAUAUUGUAUAAUUUACAUUUGUAUAAAAGGAGAGAAUACAAUUUACCUCUUAACAUUUGUGACUAUUACAUGUUAACACUAUUUGAAUUGAUGAAUUUUAUAAAUAUUAUCUUAUACAGAAAUAAACAAAUUAACAAUAAGUAUCUGUAUAUUAUAUWUUUAAAUAUUUAAUUAUUUUCUUUUGUCUUKAGUUUAAUAAUAAUUUUAGUUAAAUCUAAUUGUCAGAAUAUUUGGAUAGUUUUGUCAAGCCAAAUUGUUGUUCAUGAUUUAUACUGUAAUUGAUUAAAUAUAUUUGUGCAUGUGCACCAAUCGCAUUAAACAUAGGGUCCAAGUAUUGCCAGGCAGCACCUUAAAUAUGAGUGGAAAAAUAGAAUUUAUCAGUAGGUAUGUAAUUAUAUUUUGAAGGGUAGGUCACCUAAAAUUAUUUGGGUGAUACCAAUUUUUUAUUUUUAAGUAYAUGAAACAAACAAUUGGCAUUUAAUUUGGUCCCUGUGACAUAUUGAGAAUUAAUGUAUACUACAUAUUAUAUAAGUAUUGAAUUACGAUCAGUGGGGACUGUCCAUCGGUCAUAACUCAUAAGUGAACCAAUUUUACUGCACAUCAUUACAAUUUAUACAGUUAACAAUAAAUUACUAUUAAAUAAA